UUAUACACUCUAGACUUGGAUAAAUCAUUUUUCAAUUAAUUAGAAGAAAGACUGAUUCAAUAUUAAAGAGGUGUUGCUAUAUUCAAAUCAAGAUCUUGCUGAUCUUUUUGUGCAUAUAUAUCCUAAUCCUUAAGACCAAUUUUCUUUCUUCUGCAAAGCCACCCAACAAAACGAGUCCAAAUCCGCUUUCACUUCCUCCUAUUUAUUGGUUUGGGAAGUGGGAACCAAAUGCAUGCAUCUAAUGCGUGGAAAAACGAUGCUAAUUUGUAUAUAUGUCAUGAUACGUAAUCAGACAAUCUCCAACCUCACCCAUGAAUUAUCUUCUUCAAAUAUCUGACAAUUAUCUCUUUUGACUUCGAAUACUUCAUCAUCUUUUUCCUGCUGCAUCUCCUGAGAGAGAGAGAGAGGUCGAUGGAGAAGGAGAUUCAUAUCCUAGUACUGCCUUACCCCGUGGUAGGUCACAUAAACCCUAUGCUUCAAUUCUCCAAGCGCCUAGCCUCAAAGGGUCCCAAGGUUACUUUGGUCACCACCAUGUCUACUAGCUAUAAAUCCAUGCAAGCCCAUGCCAGAUCCGUAGCCAUCGAGCCCAUCUCCGAUGGCUCCGACGAAGCUAGCUUGGGGAAUUGGGAUCACGAUCGUUUCAAAGCGAUGGUUUCAGAGAGUUUGGCGAAGCUCAUUCAGAAGCUGGGAAAGAGCUCCCAAUACCCACCAAAAUGCCUGGUGUAUGACUCGGUUAUGCCUUGGGCAAUAGACGUGGCCCGACAAUAUGGCCUGGCCGGAGCUGCAUUUUUCACCCAGUCAUGUGCGGUGAAGGCCAUCUAUUAUCAUGCCCAUGUAGGAUCAAUUUUAAGGAUGCCCUUAGAGGGGCCUCCUACAGUAUCUCUGCCCUCGUUGCCAUUGCUAGGGAUCAAUGAUCUACCUUCCUUCCUUUGUGACGCAGGCUCCUACCCAGCUUUUCUCACCCUCGUAUUGAACCAAUUCUCCAAUAUCCAGGAAGCAAAUUGGAUAUUGUGCAACACUUUUGAUAUGUUGGAAGAUGAGGUACUGACUUGGAUGGCAAGCCGAUGGCCUAUUAAAACAAUUGGACCAGCUAUUCCAUCAAUGUACUUGGACAAGAGGUUGGAAGAUGACAGAGAGUACGGCCUCAACCUAUUUAAGCCUGAUGUGGACGCUUGCAUGAAGUGGCUAGAUACCAAGGAAACUGGCUCGGUCAUUUAUGCAUCAUUCGGAAGCUUGGCCGCCCUGGGAGAAGAGCAAAUGGAGGAGCUAGCAUGGGGCCUAAAGAAUAGCAAUUGCUACUUCUUGUGGGUAGUCAGAGAAUCAGAAGAGAAAAAGCUUCCCAGUAAUUUUCUACAGGAAACAGCCGAGAAGGGGCUGGUUGUGAGUUGGAGCCCGCAAUUAGAUGUGCUGGCUCACAGGGCAGCUGGUUGCUUCAUGACUCACUGCGGGUGGAACUCGACACUCGAGGCAUUGAGCUUGGGAGUGCCGCUGGUUGCGAUGCCACAAUGGACGGAUCAAACAACUAAUGCCAAGUUCAUUGUGGAUGUCUGGAAGGUAGGGGUGAGGAUUAAACUGGAUGAAAAAGGCAUUGCUACCAAAGAAGAAAUAGAGAUGCGUAUAAACGAAGUUAUGGAGGGAGAGAGAGGAAAGGAGAUGAAAAAGAACUCAAUGAGAUGGAAGGAAUUGGCUAAAGAGGCAGUAGAUGAAGGUGGAAGUUCAGAUAAAAACAUUGUGGAGUUUGUAGCAAAACUUGCACACUCCUAAUGUUUAUGCAAGUGGUAGCUUAUUGGUGAAAAAAUAAAUAAAAAAGAAGUGUAUGGCCAAUCUUAAGAAUAGUGAUCGAGAAAUGUUCCGACAAGCAAUAAAGGCCACUUCUAAACUUCUAUAUUCAAA